AUGGUCAAGGGCGGCAAUGCCAAGCGCCGGGUCUUUCGGAACUCUUUCGACCCGGGCGGUGCAUGCCUCGCCCCCCUCCGCUCCAUCAGCACCCCCAUGUGGUCGCCGCGGCUGCCCCAGGUCAUGUCCGUCAUCAAACUUAUGAGAUUUCAGACGUCCCAAUCGUCAUUGCCCAGGAGAAGCUCGAAACCAUCGCCAAAGCACCUGUGGCAACUGCGCCCACAAGUCGACGGCGACGGGGGGGAUGUGGAAGCGUCAUGGGGGCCGGUUGUGGUGUGUCCUAGCGUUUCGCUCCCGGGCUUCAAGCGCUGGCUCGACGCAAAAGAAGGACUAUUGCGUCGAUGGACCUUUGAGUGGCUCUGACAACGGUCGUAUCCUAGUCUACAUCUUCACGACUUUCACCCAUGGUGUAGCAGCCAAUAAAGUAUGCGCUCUCAUCCCUAGAGAAGGUUGCAUCGGUAAGCUUACAAGUACGACAGCCUCUCGUGCCUUCGCGUGAAGCUCCUCCGGUGGAUGGGUCCGACCACGUCCAUACAAGUGGCCAUCGGCAUCAAGAUUUUUGCGGGCAGCCCGCGUCGCUUGGCUAUCCUGCACCCGAAACCCCGAAACCCCGGAACACAGCUAGCCAGGGAUCGAGCGCGAGUUCGGAGACAGUUGUCCUCAACCAGACGCAUUAUCUGCGAGUAUUGAGUUCACACUGCACCUCGUCUACACUGGUGUGGAUCUGCCAC